AAACCCACUCUCGCUCCUCCUGCUCGCUGCACUCAUCCUGCACUUUUAAGCCGGUCUAUUGCAUUUCAGUCACAAAGAAGAACAUUCACAAUGUCGGCAGAGAAGAAAGAUAUCACCAGCUGGGCGGCGAAGGACGGACAGUUCAAGCGACAGGCAUCAACUUUCCGCGACGAGAUCAAGAAGGGAGGGCAGUUCGAGCCUGAAAAGGGCCGCUAUCAUCUCUACGUCUCGUAUGCAUGCCCUUGGGCUCAUCGGACGUUGAUCGUUCGCGCGCUCAAAGGACUGGAGGACAUCCUCCCCGUCUCUGUUGUCUCACCACACAUGGGUCAAGAUGGUUGGCCAUUUGCCUCGGCGGACGCGUUCCCCGGUGCGGACAGCGACCCAAACGAGAACGCGAAGCAUGUCAAGGACCUGUACUUCGUCGCCCAGCCCGACUACAACAUGCGCUUUACCGUACCCGUGCUGUGGGACAAGAAGCUCCGGACGGUGGUGAACAACGAAAGUAGCGAGAUCAUCAGGAACUUCAACACUGCCUUUAACGAGUUCUUGCCGAAGGAGAAGGCAGAGUUGGAUUAUUAUCCUCAGGAAUUGAGGAAGGAGAUCGACGAGCUCAACGACUGGGUGUACAACACCGUCAACAAUGGUGUAUACAAAUGCGGCUUCGCGACCACGCCAGAGGCAUAUGAGUCCAACGUUGGUCCGCUCUUCCAGUCCCUCGACCGGCUAGAAGGUAUUCUCGAAAAGUCUGGUUCCGACUACCUCAUCGGCAACCGCCUGACAGAAGCCGACAUCCGCCUGUACACCACUUUGGUGCGGUUCGACCCUGUCUACGUCGGCCACUUCAAGUGCAACAUCGGUACAAUUCGGCACAACUAUCCGCAUCUGAAUCGAUGGAUGAAGAACUUGUACUGGAAGAACGACGCGUUCAAGGGAACGACGAACUUUGAACAUAUCAAGACGCAUUACUACUGGAGUCAUACGCAGAUUAACCCCACGAGGAUCGUGCCCGUUGGGCCGAAGCCUAAUAUCGAGCCCCUGUGAACAUUGAACAAAAAUGAUAUUAUUGUACGAGUACAUGGUUCGAGGAAACAUAUGACAUAUGUGGAC